AUAUAAGACGCGGCUGAGUUAAUAGUCGCGCAACCUGAAGGAGUUGCUAAGUCGUUCUAACAUCUGAAUACUAUCCUGCUACCUUUCAGUUCGAACUAUCAAGUUCUAUCAGUCUCACUUGUUGAUGUAAAUUAUCGUCGAUCUUGUUCACUACUAAAACCUUUUAAGGUUAAAUUAAAAAAAUGUGAUCAGAUUGAUUAGGUCUCAUAAUUUUGCUGUGAGAAUAUGGUCACUACUGUUUCUCCAGAUCCCUUCUCAAACAUUGCAAAGACAACUCUUUCAUAAGAGUUUAACCUAGCAGAAAGCAUCCACGUUAAUUUGACUGUGAAGAUAUCUUCAAAAAAAUGAUACAUCCUGUGCAAAAUAAGACGUCACGUCAGAGUGAUUCCACAUUACAAAACAGCAACAAGUUUUCAAUGUUCUGUUUAUUCGUUUAGUAAAGAGACAAAAAUCGCUUAUAGAACUGCUCUUAGUCAUAUUCGUCAUACAGUUGCAGCGGGAAAUAAAUUGUUACAUAACUCUGUUUCAAGUCAUAGUCGCAUAUUUUCUAUAUCUCUUCUGUCUGAUACUGACCGUAUGUAAUCUGCCGUAGCCAAUUUAGAAAUUCAUCUCCAUCUAAAUAUUAGUGAAUUUUGCCAGGAUAGAGCAAGUUGCCUUGUGAUAGACAUGCUAUCCUUCUUAUCUCUUUAGCUGUACAACUAGUUAUCAAGUCAAUAAUCUCUUUGGAGUGCGGAUCAACGUAUGUACGUAACUGGUGAACUUAAGCGACGAUAGAAAUGAAGAAUAAAUGUAGAAUGCACUAAUAGAGAGUAUAAUAAUAGGUCGCGUUAUUCGAAGUCUUGCUCACCAGUGUAGAUCACCAACGCAAAUGGUGUGUCGAAUGGUCGGGGGUCAACUAACCUUAAAGUCACACGUUAUGGUUAGCGCCUAACGUGGAUUAACAUUCGUCGUAUCCAAGUACUGUUGCUAUCUUAGUGACCGUGCGGCCCGAAUCACGUCGUUACAAAAAUAUAUUAGUAAGGAUAGGUACAAGGAAUAGAGUGCGACCGCCCCCACAUGGGCCAGUUCAUGGUGUGCAAUUAACUGAUGCGUGUUGAUUGUCGUUGACCUUAACGAGGACCGGCGCACUGCUCGAUAUUCAGUGACCCAACUACCGGAUGAUUUGGCUAUGGCCCAGUGACAUUUCACUGCCUGUACAUGAAUAAUGUCCUCACUUUUCUGACGAAUUACGAUUUAUAUUAAUUGACUGACUAAUUGUGAUCCUUGUAUCAAACCGUGCUUUUAUAGCUAUGAAGAAAUCAAAAUACUGUCCUAUGUAGUUGUUUUAUGUAACCCUCCUUGAAUUGUGAUUCCCCUAUCAUUUCUCAGUUUCUGUCCGCAAUGGUCAAUGUAUAUACUUAUGGCCUUCAUCGAAAGUUUUUUCGUUGUCUGUUAUUUCAACUGGUUUCAUGAAUCGCUAAAAAAUGACAAUGCAGCUAUUUCUAUAAAGCUUGAUAAAUGAUGACACGACACUAUCCAGAAAAACCAAACUCAGGGGAUUCUGCAGCUAACAAAUUUUGUUCGAGUGAUAAGCCGAAACCCUGUCAAAAAAGUUUUUGGGAAUUAAUUGAUGGUCACUAAUCGAACAGCUCAUGUUAUUGUGCUUGGUGAUCUCUCACGAUCGCCAAGAAUAUUGUCCCAAGCUCAGUUUUUGGCUUGUGAUGGUUGGGAUGUAACUAUAUCAGGAUACAAAACUGAAAUAAUAAACCCGUUGAAUUUUAAAUUGAAAGUCCUGGGUAUACCUACGUGUCCGAAUUUCAAAGCUCUACAUUUCCCUUCGUUUGUGGUUUUUAUCCUCAAGUUUAUUUUUACGGCUGUAGCACUCUUCUGUCAUCUUACUAGACACUGCCGUAGCCGUUUAAUUUUGGUUCAGAAUCCUCCUGCAGUACCAACUUUUUUCAUUUUAUGGUUAUUUAUAAAGAUUACUGGGAAGAAUUUAGUUAUUGACUGGCACAACUAUGGUUAUACUCUUUUGGAGCUAAAUGCGCCUAGAAAAAGUUUAUUCACGCGGUUGUACUACAUAUUGGAAGUUGACUUUGCAAGUCGCUUUAUGUCCAGAAUGUCCGAUCGUGUUGCGCACAUUUGCGUAUCCAAAGCUUUAAAGUACGAUAUGGGAAUAAAAUCAAUCGAAGCAACUGUUUAUUAUGAUCGUCCUGCAGAAGAAUUCAAACCUACACCUGUAGGUGUUGCCCACUGUCUGUUCUUGAAACUCAGCGAUCAAUACGCAGUGUUUAGAAACAAACUAGAUUCAUGUCGAUUCACACGCUUUACUGAGAUAACUGCUUUACCGACUAAUACCAAGAACAAUGAGCCUCAUUGGCGCCCAGAUCGCCCAGCAUUGGUUGUCAGUAGCUGCAGCUGGACACCUGAUGAUGACUUCACGUUGGCAAUUAAAGCACUGGGAAUCUACGACAAGGAAGCUGAAAAACCAGAUUCAGGUUUACCCAGUAUUGUGUUUGCUGUAACAGGUCGUGGUCCAUUACAAAGCUACUAUGCAAAAUUAAUAAAAGAACAAAAGUGGAAAUAUGUGGAAGUCAUUAUGUUGUGGCUUGAGUGGUCAGAUUAUCCAGUUUUUCUUGGAUGUGCUGACUUAGGACUUAGCAUACAUCGAAGUUCCUCGGGACUGGAUUUACCCAUGAAAGUAGUUGACUUACUUGGUGUGAACGUCCCUGUCCUGGCGCUAGGUUAUACAACACUAAGUGAAUUGAUGGAGGAUAAUAAAUAUGGUUUAUUUUUCGAAACUGGCGAACAAUUAGCUGAACAAAUGUGCGACUUGUUGAAAUCACCCCGUAAUUCUACAAUCCAAUAUACUUAUGAACCUAGCCGUUUUUUAUCUGUUGGGUCAGAAAAGUUAAUUUAUUUUCGCGAAUGUUUGGCUGAAAGAAACAAAAACCUGAUUAGAGGAUUUACCUACUGGAAAAAUACUGCAUUACCAGUGUACGAAAAAGCAGUUCAUACUAAUCAUUACAAAAACAAAGAUAAUUAGCUGGUAAUACAUAAUACAAAUCUUUUGUGUC